GGACGAGCAAACACUAGCACCAUGCACCACCAAUGCCGCAAGCUAACGCGCCGGAAUUUAUUUAUUCUACUAACGGUUGGCGUAGUCUACUUGCUGCUGGAUCACUUUUUCAACGGAGAUGACUACGGAGACAACAGAGAAAAGUUAGUUUUGAUUGAAGAAUCAAUCAAAUCGUUGGCGAAUCAGGGUGCCUGCAAAAUGCCUAGCCUGCCGGUGGAUUCACCGGAAAUGUUGAGCUUCCUCAAGGAUGAACCGCCGAUUGAAUGCGGUAGCGAACUGCAGGACUGGGUGGCCUGUGAGAAGGGCGUAUGCAACAUUAAACCGGAAGUGAUCAAAGAGAAGGGCAAGGUAACGUGUGACUAUGCUGACAUUUUGCGGCAGAGUGAUUUUAAGCUUUCGUUCGGGGAAACGACGCGCACCAGCGACAGCUACACGCUUCAAGGGAGCGAUUUUGUCCGAGCAAAGUGUUGGACCGAAAGUCGCACGGAGCGGUGGCAGGGACUGCUCAUCGGUAUCCGGCAGGACGCGACCCUCCGCACACGGUCCAGCUGGAACAAAGAAUUUGCCCUGAACGUCUUGAUGCUCGGGUUUGAUUCGCUCAGCCGAAACGCAUUCCAGCGCAAGCUGCCCAAGGCGUACAAGUACCUCACGAAAUACCUUGGGGCCGAUGUACUCCAGGGUUACAAUAUUGUUGGUGAUGGAACGCCGCAGGCGUUGAUACCGCUACUGACGGGCUUCACCGAAUUGGAACUGCCCGAUACACGGCGCCGCAUGAAAAAUACCGAGUACGUGAAUGUGUAUCCGUUGAUCUGGAAGGAGUAUGAAAAGUAUGGCUACGUGACGGCCUUUAAUGAGGACGUCCCAAACAUCGGAACGUUUUCCUACCGGCUCAAUGGAUUCGACGAGCAGCCGACGGAUCACUACAUGCGCACCUACUAUCUGGCAAUUGAGGCGUACCUUAGCUACUACAAACGAUUGUGCAUCGGGGCAAAACCGCGCCACAAGGUGAUGCUGGACUACACGCGCGAGUUCAUGACGAGCUACCGGCCCGGUACGCCUCGGUUCGUGUUCAGCUUCCACGGUGAGCUGUCGCACGAUUCGAUCAACCUGAUCGGUGUGGCCGACACCGAUCUCACCAAUUGGCUGGUGGAGCUGAAGCAAUCGGGUAUUCUAAAUAGCACCGUCUUGGUGCUCAUGUCCGACCACGGGAACCGAUUCGCUGAGGUGCGCAACACGCUGCAGGGAAAACAGGAAGAGCGUCUGCCAUUCUUCAGCUUCACUUUUCCCGAGUGGUUCAAGUCGCACUACCGGGAGCAGUACGAGAACUUUCGGCAAAAUCUGCACCACCUCGUAACGCCAUUCGAUGUCCACGAGACACUGCAGGACAUACUGACACUGCAAACGCUCAAAACGAAACAGAGACCGGCGGUGUCGCGUGCCACUUCGUUGUUCGAUGUUAUCCCGCAGAACCGCUCGUGUGCCGAUGCGCACAUUGAGCCGCACUGGUGUGCCUGCUUGAACUGGCAGACGAUCAACGAUACGGCGUCCUCGGAGGAAGUGUUUCGCUCAGCCAAAACCAUCGUGGACACGAUCAACACGCACACGGAGCGACACCGUGGUAUCUGCGCGCUGCUGACGCUCGACGAGAUCCGUUGGGCUGCGCGCUUGGAGCCACAUCGGGACCUGGUGCGCUUCAAGCAAAACCGGGACCGGGAUGGAUUUCUCGGGGACUUUUCCUCGGAUGCGAUCAGGGUUGCGCACGAUAUGUACCAGGUUAAGCUGGUCACUAACCCAAGCAAAGCGAUCUACGAAGCAAGCGUGCUGUAUGAUCGUCUCAACAAUCGUUUUCGCGUGAAACUGGGUGACAUCUCGCGCAUCAACAAGUACGGUGAGCAGGCCAACUGCAUCUACGAGCGUGAUCCGGAAAUGCGCAAGUUCUGCUACUGCACGACGGACGAUCACUGAAAUGUGAACGAUCGUAAGCCCCCAUCUCUUACUAGUAGAUGGUUAGUAUUUGCUGUAAAAUAGUAGAAGCAAGAAAGUGCGGAACUCAACUUGUUACUCAACUGCUGCCCUAUCGACUGACUGAGUAGAGAGUGUAUUAUGUUAGGGCACAGAUGGGGCGGCGUUUGCCCUUCCUGUGCAUAAUCGUCUAGUGAUAGUAACCGUCUAAGUGGUUGUACACAACACAACAGUACCACGAGUGUUUUUGAAAUAUUUAAAAUUUAUUGACCGUAGUGUGAAAGCAUACAACCGGCGCAGGCGACCGUCGAUUUGCGAUCAAGAAAAUCUUAUGCACACUACACAACCGCACGGCCAACCCUUACCUACGGACACCGAUCUCCAGGAGAGAUUCCUCCACAAGCAAUCUUAGUGCCAUGCGAGCCUCUGUUCGGCCAGACUCCAGAAACCAGAGGGUUUCCCGUUACGGUUAUUAAAUGCGUUAGGAAUCUCUCUUAAACUCCGUAUAUUUGUGCAUACGUGUGUGUGCGUGUGUGUGUGUGGUAGAAAGAAUCUCAAAAAUUAGAAAUAGAUAGGUAUCAUAAAACAAAAUAGUGCAAAAAUGGCACAACCAACUCCACUGCUUAGCGUCGGGCGGAAGGCUCAACUGCUGGCUAGGACGAUUACUUAAACCCGGCAUUUUCUAGGUCACACCUAACAGGGAGGAAUGAAUUUACGCAAAACGGCACAAACAGAAAGCAAUCGCACAAGUGAUCGAUGGGUUGGUGGUAGAAAACACGUUCCAUAGCUACCCGGUCAUUAUCACGGCAUUCAAUCAAAUUGAAUUGCCAUGAGUGGAAGAUUAGCGUUACUGAUUUUGUUUGAAAACGGAUUUGGUUCCUUUCCAUUUAGCCGAUGGGCAAGCACAGGCAAACACGUAUGAUCUGUUAAUUAUCCUCAGUUAGUACCUACGGCUUAAGUUAUCAGUUUCUCGGUUUAAGGUUUUCAGUUUUUUGCGCAUAAGAAAGCAUGACUUUACCAACACUAAAGCAUUAAAUGA